UGUUUUGAAAAUUUGGCGCUGAACAUGGCGGACAUGGCAGCAGCACCAGGAGGAGGAGGAGGAGGAGAAGAAGCAGCAGCAGCAGCAGCAGCAGAAGCAGCAGCAGCAGCAGCAGAAGCGGAGAGACACCAUGAUGUUCGAGUGAACGUCAAAUCCAAAAGAAUAGUUACUGAUCAACUCGCAAAGUAUAAAAGUUUGUUUGGAAAAUUGCUGGAGCGGCAACCGGAACUGAACCAAAGCGACGUGCAGAAGAUGGUGGAGGAAAUGAUGCUGAAUUUCGAGAUUGCAGUACAGGAGAACAUCAGUGUUGGAGGUUUAUCCAGGGAGGAAGCAGCAGAGGAGAACAGUGAAGAAUUCGAGUGCAGCACCGUGGACGACCUGCUGGAUGACAAGAUCGUCCAGACCAGCUGGAAACGCAGCGUCUACCCGAAGAAAAUUCUGCCGUACUUCGUCCGGUCCCUGAAAGCCGAGCGCAAACUCAUGGGUUUGUUCGAAAGCACGGUGAAGCCCCAGGAAGUGAAGCGAGAUCCCGUUCAGGACGCCAUAAUGAGCAACGUUUCUGCCACGGCACCGAGGAUGUUCAAACAAGCGGCUACAGUCGUGAAGUCUCUGUCGCAGGUGAGGCAGAGGGCAGAAGGUCUUCACCAGGUGCUGAUCACUCGACCCUCAGCUGAGACCCUGGAGGCCUACAGAGACGUUUUCAGCGGCUCUGAUGGGAAACAUUGUGAGGUCCAGUGCAGCAGCGAGUUUGCUCUGAGACACAGCAUCAGAAGAGCUGCGAGUGAGAGAGAGUACAGCCUGCAGUACGCUUCUGUUUCUCCACACAACACACACCAAUAACUGAGAGGUGGAGUGUGUUAGUGUGUGUACAAGAGAGAGAGAGAGAGAGAGAGCGAGAGAGCAUGAGCAUGAGCGUCUGUGCAUAUAGCAGUGUGUGUGGGUCCCCCACCACCCGACUGUACCACAAAGUUUGAAGCCCACCACUGAAGAGCAUAAAGAGAGCUCGAUGGAGACAUGGACCAGAAGACCUUGAGAAGUCCUCCACAGAUCGCUCAACAUCUGGAUGAACUGAAAUAAUGAUGCUCUCAUUGUAGUGUGUUUAAUAAAAGUGUAUAUGAAAAAAACAUAUUUCAUGGGAAAUGUUUGACGUUUAAUGUCUGUGUUUAUUUUUGCGCCCCCCAAUACGUACGUGUGUGUGUGUGCGUGUGUGUGUGUGUGUGUGUGUGUAAAUAAUAUGAAUAAUCCAACAGUUACUAUUGGAGUGAUGUUCAGAUAAUAAACCACAAAUCUUCACUAA